UUCUUGAAAGAAAAGAUGGCUAGGCUAGAUCUGUGUUGUGCCAAACUAUUGUACAAUAUUAAGUCCUUAUAUGUGGGCAAUGACUUUAUUGGAGAUGUUCCUUUAACAAAGAAAAUUCUUGCUGCAUUAACUACAGCUGCUCUAGCAAUCACAGUGGCAAAUCCAACUGAUCUUGUCAAAGUUAGACUUCAAGCUGAGGGAAAACUACCACCAGGCGCACCAAGGCGCUAUUCUGGCGCGCUCAAUGCGCAUUCCACCAUUUUGAGUCAGGAGGGAGUUGGUGAUCUCUGGACUGGAAUUGGACCUAACAUUGCACGUAAUGCUAUCAUUAAUGCUGCUGAACUAGCCAGUUAUGAUCAAGUGAAGCAGACGCUUUUGAAAAUUCCCGGGUUUAAGGACAAUGUUGUCACUCAUCUUUUUGCUGGUCUGGGGGCAGGUUUUUUUGCCGUCUGCAUUGGCUCACCAGUUGAUGUGGUUAAGUCAAGAAUGAUGGGAGAUUCUUCUGCUUACAAAAAUAGGAUCGAUUGCUUCGUUAAAACUUUGAAGAAUGAUGGACCUUUGGCCUUUUAUAAGGGCUUCAUCCCAAAUUUUGGACGGCUAGGAUCUUGGAAUGUGAUACAAUCAUGUUUCUAACCCUUGAGCAGGCUAAGAAGUUCGUGAAAAGUAGAGACUCAAAAUGAGAAGUGAAGCCAAGAGAGUGGACUUUGAUUGCGGGGGUAGCAUCUAGAGCAAACAAUAGUUGUUUAGAGAAUAAUAAGGCCCUCGACGAACCUUUUUCUCCCAUACUUUUGCUAGCUGUGGAGAAGAAUCAUCUGAAGGAAAACUGCUUAUUGGAAACUCAGAAGUUUAGAAAUAAUUAGCAUUCAUUUUCUGGAUUACAUAUGUUUCCUUUGUCAUCAUAUUGAUGAAUUGUGAUUAUAAAAUUUGUCUAUCAAGGCUCCAAUUGCUUUGUUUGCAAAGCCAAAUGCUAUCUCUUUGUUGUCACCAAUGAACUUAUUGAGGAUGGCAUGCAGAUAUAUCCUUGUUGGAUUUUCUUUUCCAGUA